AUGCCUGUGGGUAGGGGCGAUGUGCAGAAAAUGCGACUAACCCAAAACAAGCAACCUAAAACUAAAGCCAAAGCCACCGAGCUCAACAUAAUUACGUACAACGUUAGACCUUUGUCCGAGGACUACCACCUUGAAUACCUCGUGAACGAAAUAAGCAAUAUAAAAUGGGAUGUGAUCGGCAUAAGCGAAAUGCGAAGGCCAGGCGAAAACGCGACCCAACUUCCGAACCAACAUAUUUUAUUCCACAAAGGAAACGACAAGAAACAAAGAGGCGUAGGAUUCCUGAUUCACAAGAAACUAAAAGGCAACAUCACUGAGUUUCACGCGACGUCGGACAGAGUUGCUUCAGUCAAAAUUAAGAUCUCAAAACGGUACGACAUCAAAAUCAUACAGGCCCAUGCUCCAACAUCACUAUCAUCACAGGAUGCUCUUGACGAAUUCUACGACGAUUUACGAACCGCACUACAACGCAAGAAAGCACACUUUAACAUCAUAAAGGGCGACUUCAAUGCAAAUGAACGUGGCGACGAUCUUGUGAAUUUCGCGACAACCAACAACUUCAAAAUCACAAACACGUUCUACAAAAAGAAACAGAACCGAAGAUGGACUUGGCGUAGCCCAGAUUUUGAAACUUUCAACGAAAUUGACUACGUCCUUGUCGACAAAUCCAACAUUGUCAAAAACACUGAGGUUCUCAACAGAGUUGGCAUCGACAGUGACCACCGAAUGGUUCGAUGCAAAAUACAAAUUGAUACAAAAUUAGAAAGACAAAAACUGUUUCACUCAAAACAAGAACCACUACGAAUUUCAAAACAGAUCGAGAAAGAUUUCCAAAUAGACCUCAAAAAUCGUUUUGCCGUUCUGGAAGAGCUUGAAGAAGAAAACAACAAUGAGGCGUACGUGAAGAAGACGGCACCCUUACAACAGAUCGUGAACGGGUUGUGUCCAGAGCACAAGAGUUCUACGAAAAGCUGCACUCACCAACACGCCCAGAGCCACCACCACCACCACCAACAGAACAAAAACCAGCCCCCGAAGAACCUGAGAUACAACAGAGGUUUCACGAAUUCCCUGAUAUCGAAGACUGGGAGGUCAAAACUAGCAGUUGAACAAUCCAAAAAAGGAAAGGCACCAGGGCCGGACAACAUCACCAUCGAUCUGAUCGAAGCGGCCGGAGACGUAGUCUAUGACAAACUCGCUACCUUAUUCAAUGAGUGCCUCCGACAAAGCACAAUUCCAGAUGAGUGGAACGAGGCGAUCAUCGUUCUAUUGCAAAAGAAAGGAGAUCAAACCAACAUUUCAAACUACAGGCCAAUCAGCUUGCUCAACAAUAUCUACAAGCUGUUCACCAAAAUCAUCACAAACAGAAUUGCGAAAACGUUAGACGAAAAUCAACCACGAGAACAGGCCGGCUUCAGAAAAGGUUUUUCAACCAUUGACCAUCUUCACUCCGUAAAUCAGCUGAUCGAAAAGUGCGCCGAGUACAGGAUACCGCUAGUCAUCGGGCUUGUUGACUACAACAAGGCUUUUGAUUCUGUGGAGAUCCCAGAUGUAAUCGACGCAUUGGAGAAACAGGGAGUCGACCCAGUCUACAUCAACAUCCUCAAACACAUCUACAAAAACGCCAAAUCAUUCAUCAGACUCCAUAAAGGCUCAAAACCCACCUGGGCAGAGGAGUAA